AUGUCCUUUGUCAACCCGGACAACCUCAUCGCCGUCGCCCUCGUCAUCAACCGGUCGCGCGACGGCCCCGCCUUUGUCUUCCACUACCCGCCCGCCGUGCUCCCCGUCAACGCCGAGACCCCCUCGCACGAUGCCGCCGACUCCGAGGACAUACUGCUCGAGCGCCUGUCGCGGCCGCUGUUUCGCUCCUCCCAGGACCACCACGAGCCCCGCGGCGGCGCCGGCGGCGCCGGCGGCCACCACCUGCCCGAGCACGACACCGCCGCCGUCCCCUGGGAGAGCGUCGCCGGCUUCCCCACGCGCGACCUCGCCAGCAUCCUGACCCCGGCCCGCCCGUACCACAAGCGGCUCUUCCAGCUCUCCCUCGACCCGCUGCUCUGCGUCUCCUACCCCAUCCACGUCCCCGAGAGCGGCAAGUGGAAGCGCGCCAAGAAGAGCAAGCCCGGCCGCCCCCCGUCCGCCGUUGUCGUCGUCGUCGACGAGGCCGACAACACCCCGGCCGCGUCGCGCGCGCCGUCCAUUGCCGUGUCCGCGCCGCCGACUCCGGUGGACGCCGAGGGCGCCGCCGACAAGGACAAGGAAAAGGACAAGAGGGACGAAGACGAGGAAAAGAGAAGCUCCAUGACCAUGUUCAACCUCGUCUUCAUCCUGCGGCCCAAAAAGGACCAGACGAGGGAGCUCGUCGACGCUCUCUACUCCAACAUUGCAAAAAAAGUCAACAAGGCCUUCAAAUACAGCCAGCAGCACAGCGACUUUGUGUGGAAAGAGUCUAAGAAGAUUCUAGCCACCAAAGACCGCGCACGCGAAGACAACAAACGAAUGAGCCAGCUGUGGAGGGACCUCGUGCAGCAGUCGUCCCUCGCCGCCUCGGUGCAGGAUAUCUACGAGGCCGUCUCGCAGAACCGCAUCGCGACGCUGCACCUCGACACGGCCGCCGGCGUGCUGAGCCCGUCGGUGCAGAUCCCCGCGCCGCUCUACGUCGCCGACCUGCCGGGGCCGCCCGACGAGGCGCGCCGCGCCCGCGGCCUCUGGCUCACCACCGCAAACGCCUUUCUCACCCAAGACACCCUCGAGGAGCCGGGCUUUCUCGACCGCCACUUUGGCCUGCUCCUCAUGGAGGACGACAAGAAGAUCAUUGCCGAGCUACAAGCCGACGGCGACCCGAGCGCGCUGCCCAUGGUGGAGUUUGUGCGUCUGUCCAAGCCGACAAUGAGCUUCUACCAGGUCGGCCAGAGCAACAUCCUCAGCCUCUCGCAGGUGCGCAAGUUUGCGCAGCACUUCAUCUUCUGGCGGCGCGCCAUGGCCGUCCCGCCGCUGCACGCGCGCGACACGUACGUCGUCUCGCCCAACUGCGACCUCGCGCGGCUGCCCGCGGCGUCGGCCGGCUGGCAGCGCGCCUUUCCGCUCGCGCCGCCCCUCGCCAACCUGCUCUCCGACAUGUCCGUGUGCCCGCGGCCGUACAAGACGUUUUGCCCGAGCAAGGUCCACCGCCCGCUCUACCUGCGCAUGCUCGCCUGGCUCCUCCGCGGCGGCUGGGUCACCCAGCUCUGCACCUUUGCCUACGUCGUCGUCUGGCCCGAGAUUGUCUACCAGGUCGACUACGAGAUGGAGGCCGAGGAGCUCGAGGGCCCGACACCCUCGACGUCGCCCCACUCGGCCGGAGGGACCGCCGCCGCCGUGUCCAUCUCGCCCCUGACAACCGCUGCCGGCGCUGGCGCGCUGGCCCGUCCGCACAACCAGCUCGCUCACCUCGACGAGGACGCCAUUCUCUCCCCGACGAGCACCGGUGCCGCCCCCAUCCCCGCCACCUCCGCCGCAGCAGGCAAGCCGCGCCAGGUGAGCAUCGCGAGCACCACCUCGGAAGCCACGACCGCCGCCAGCGGCUCUCUGCCUUCCACCGCCGGCGCCGUGCCGAUCCCCAGCACGACGGAGCGCGCCGCCGAAGCCGCGCGACUUGCCCGCAUCGCGCAGCGCGUCUCCCGCGAGGCCGCCGACAAGGCCGCCGCGCACGCCCGCCGCGUCGUCCCCGAGGCCACGCCGCACCCGUCGACCAACCGCAGCCCGCACCUCGCCGGCGUCGCGCCGCACAUCAUCCUCGACGCCAAGAAGACGACGGGGCCCGAGUCGCGGUACCUGGCCGCCAUAUCGUCGCGGCUGCGCGACGACCGCGUGCGCCAGGCCUGGGCCACCAUGUGCCGCUACUUUGACGGCCACGCGGCGCUCGAGAGGAUCGCCCUGCAGGAGGAGAUGAAGCGUAAGGAAGCUUGGACGCUCCUCACUGCCAUGAGCGAGUACUUGAUCUGCACGAGGCAUUGGUGA